AGGCGACGACGGGCAUCGGCAGCGCCGCAUUUCGUGGGAACACACAAUGCAUCUGAGGCUGACCGAGCGACUGGAAACUGUUUUUUACCGCGCUCUCCUAUUUUCGAUCCGCGUUUCUUUCCCGCAUUUAUUCAUUUUUUGAUUUAUUUAUUUGUGUUGCGUCUUGCCUGUCUUUUUUUUUUUUUGGUCCUUCUUUUAAUUUUUACCUCCUCCUCCUCCCUCUUCUUCUUCUUCUUCUUCUCCUUCUUCUUUUUUUCCUCCCACCCAGCAGCCUCUGACGCGCAAGGACACUACAGCAUCCAUCCGCGGCAGGGACGCUAACACAGAGCAUCCUCUGUACAGGCGCACCAGCCGUCCGUCCGUCCUUCCUUCCUUCAUUCCUUCCUUUCUCUCUUACCUUCCUUCCUCCCACUCUCCUCCUCUUUCUUGUCUUUUCUCUCCUCGUCUCUUGUUUCCGUCGGAACCCAGAGGACAUCGGGAACCCUCGCUUUAUACUUAACCCCCCUUCUUCCUCUCCACCCACCCACACACCCACUUUUUUUUUUCCUCCCUCUCUCUUCCUCCCCCCCCACCUCCCCUCACUCCACGCCGCCUCCUCUCCUCUCCUGUCCUCUCCUCUCCAAACGGGAGACAUGGAUCUAUGGUUUCGCUCGGUCCGGAUCUGCUGGUGGAGGGUUUUGCUUCUGAUGAGUGUUUUCCAGGACUAUCUGAGCUCCAUGCUGGACUGCCCGCCGACCUGCAGCUGCUCCCAAACAGAGAUCUAUUGCAAUAAGUCGGACAGCGGCCGGUUCUUCCCGCUGCUCGCCCUGCAGGACACCGGCGGCAACGGGACCGGCGUGGACAUCGCGGACUUAUUCAAAAACAUCACCUCUAUACACAUAGAGAACUGGACGGGAUUGCAGACGCUGAGAGACGUCGAUAUGGAGCUCUACACCGGACUGCAGAGACUGACCAUCAUGAAUUGUAAUCUGCACGUGAUCCAGCCUCGGGCCUUCGCUCAGAACCCACACCUGCGCUACAUAAACCUGUCGAAGAACCCGCUAACCACCCUGAAAUGGCAGCUCUUCCAGCACCUCCAACUCUCCGAGCUACGUCUGGACGGCGUGGUGUUCGACUGCGGCUGCAGCAUCCGCUGGAUCCAGCUGUGGCAGGAGAAGGGCGAGGCGGGGCUUCACACGCAGCAGCUGUACUGCAGGAACGGAGCCUCCAAGAUGCGACUGAACAACAUGCACAUCAACAGCUGUGACUUACCGGAGAUCAGCGUGAGCCACAGCAGCGUGUUGGUGACGGAGGGCGAAAACGUGACGGUGAGCUGCAACGGAUCCAGACUGCCGCUGCCUGAAGUGGACUGGAACGUCGGCGACCUGCACUCCAUCAACACACACCUGUCCAACGUUUACUGGCCCGACAUCCACUCGAUCAACCUGACGCUGUUCAACAUCAGCCGAGACGACAACAAUUUCCAGCUGACCUGCAUCGCCGAGAACCUGGUGGGGAUGACCAACUCGUCGAUCCAGCUGAAUGUCCAGUUUCCUCCUGUGAUCUUGAGGCUGGCUGAGCCGGAGAAACGCCAUGACACCUGCAUCGAAUUCACAGUUCGCGGUUACCCGUACCCCAAACUGCGCUGGUUCCACAAGCAGACGGAGAUCAAGGAGAACGACUUUAUCUGGACCGACAAGGAUACCUACCAGGACUACCUGGAGGGUUGUCUGUUGUUUAAAAACCCGACCCACCUCAAUAACGGCAACUACACUUUGGAGGCCAGCAAUCACCUGGGAACAGUCACGAAGACGGUGUACGGCCACUUCCUCAAAGACUUGACGGAAAUUGGCUCAGUGGAAAUAGGUGGGAUCCCAGAUGAUGAAACAGGGCGACCAGAAGAAGACACCUUUGGGGUCACCAUCGCCGUGGGCCUGGCGGGCUUCGCUUGCGUCCUUCUCCUCGUCCUUUUCGUUCUCAUCAACAAGUACGGCCGACGCUCCAAAUUCGGUAUGAAAGGUCCCGUCGCCGUGAUCAGCGGUGAGGAAGACUCUGCCAGCCCUCUUCAUCACGUCAACCACGGGAUCAUCACGCCGUGUACUCUGGACGCGGGACCUGACGCGGUCGUCAUAGGAAUGACUCGCAUACCUGUGGUGGAAAAUCCCCAGUACUUCAGGCACGGACACAACUGCAACAAGCCGACAACUCUCGUGCAGCAUAUAAAGCGGAGAGACAUCAUCCUGAAGAGGGAGUUGGGUGAAGGGGCGUUCGGUAAAGUCUUCUUGGCAGAGUGUUACAACCUCAGCCCCACCAAGGACAAGAUGCUGGUGGCUGUCAAGACACUAAAAGAUCCCAACCUGUCAGCCAGGAAGGACUUCCAACGGGAAGCGGAGCUGCUCACCAACCUGCAGCACGACCACAUCGUCAAGUUCUACGGCGUGUGCGUGGACGGAGACCCGCUCAUCAUGGUGUUCGAAUACAUGAAGCAUGGAGACCUGAAUAAAUUCCUAAGAGCCCACGGCCCCGAUGCCAUGAUCCUGGUGGACGGCCAGCCGCUGCAGUCCAAUGGAGAGCUGGGCCUUUCCCAGAUGCUGCACAUCGCUACCCAGAUCGCCUCAGGCAUGGUCUACCUGGCCUCCCAGCACUUUGUUCACAGAGAUCUGGCAACUCGCAACUGUCUGGUUGGAAACGGCCUUCUGGUCAAGAUCGGAGACUUCGGCAUGUCCAGGGAUAUCUACAGCAGCGACUACUACAGGGUUGGAGGACACACCAUGCUACCUAUCCGCUGGAUGCCCCCAGAGAGCAUCAUGUACAGAAAGUUCUCUACGGAAAGUGACGUCUGGAGCUUUGGGGUCAUCCUUUGGGAGAUCUUUACCUAUGGGAAGCAGCCUUGGUUUCAGCUGGGUAACAAUGAGGUUAUCGAGUGCAUAACCCAGGGCCGGGUGCUGGAGAGGCCACGGAUCUGUCCCAAGGAGGUUUACGACAUCAUGCUGGGCUGCUGGCAGAGGGAACCGCAGCAGCGACUGAACAUUAAGGACAUCCAGAAGGUCCUGUUCGCCAUGGGAAAAGCCACCCCAGUCUACCUGGAUAUCCUGGGCUAGCGGCAGCCGCUCCCCCUCACCACCCUCCCUCCCCGAAUCCCCCCAACACCCCCCUGCUCCCCGACAGACGGAAAACAUCGACAGAGACAAAAAACGAGACAAAGAGACCCCCCCACAUGAAAAUCCAGGAAUAACCAAACCAACCUGAUCCACUGUCGAAAAAACACCUGCUUCGUUUGGGAGGGACUUAAGUGCCUGCAACACUUUUGGAUAUAGUGGAUUAAAACAUAUUAAAAAAAAAUUUGAAAAAGGAGAAAAAAAACCCACGCACUUUUACAUUUUCUUUACUUGCGUAUAAGAUGUACAUGUUUGAAGAAUUUUGUCUUUUUUUUCCCCCUCGGGGGAAGGAGAAAAAAAAAGAAACUGCAAAAAUUACACAAACAUGGAGGAAGGGAACCGGGCUGGCGAUGGGAAAACGGCUACAACUUGACACAGUGGAGAGAAUACAUCAGAGUUCAAAAUCUAUUCUGGGUUUGGUUUUAUUAAUAUAUAUAUAUAGAAAUAUUACAUAUAUUUUAUAUUUAUUUCCUUUUCAAGGUCAGUCGAGGUGUUAAAGGGUCCGACAUUUUUUGUCGCCAAGGGCUUGGCCCCUGUCCGAAGUGGAGACCAACAAACUGCUGGCAGGGACCAGAGAUGAGGAAGCCUUACACGCUCUCUGAUUGGCCGGCUCCGAGCCUUCGAAGAGAAACUGUGGAAUAACACUGGCUGGAAACGCUGUGCUCUGUUUGAGGACCUGUCCAAUCAGACAACUGACAAAGUCUAUUUUAAUUUAAAAAAUAAUGUACAUAUUGUAAAAUUCUACGUGUCAGAAUUGUGUUAACUUAUUUUUUCCCUGAUUUUACUUUGGUUCCUUUUCCUGACUGUGAUCCGGGUGACUGAAGCAUCGAGCUGCGGUCCUUGUUCUCGUCCCGUUUCCGUGGGAGAACGUCUCUCGGGGGACUUUUACCCGCGUGACGACGGCAAAUCCAGUUCAAAACGGGGCACCUCCACCCCCCACCCCCUGCUGACGGCGCGUCACGCUGACUGUGGAGAGCGCGGGAUGACUCAGAGCCAUGGUCCACGCACCGGAGGCGCCGAAGCCUCGCCUUUACGUUCCACUUUGUUUGCUUUUUAAAGCAAGUUAAGUGAUCUGCCACGCCACAGACCCCCGAAACACAAACACAUGCUCUGUCACGUUCAGGCUUUUUUUUUUUUUUUUUUGGGUGAAACUGCUGAAGAGAAACAUUUCUACAAGUCCGACCAUAUUCAUGUUUUGGCACCUUUAAAGGAGUAGUUUGACGUUUUGUGAAAUAUGGCUAUUUGCUUUCUUUAGCUCAGAGUCAUCGACGGCAGAACCAGCCUCCGAAGCUGCUUAUCGCAAAUAAUUUGGGAUUUCUCACUGCUGUCAGAUUUAGAUUUUUGAUUUUUUUAUGUUUUUGAAUUGUUUUCUUGUCUUUUCACACACAAAAAAAAAACUCAGUGAAAAUAUCAAAAUGGAAUUACAUUACAUUACUCUUACUUUUGUUUCCUCAACGUCUUUAAAAAAUGGUCAAAUUUUUCUAAAUGUCAGAGCCGUAUAGAACAGCAGUCCAGUCAGAUUCGCUCAUACCCCAAACAUGAAAAAUGGAUAUUUACAAUCAUGACAUUUUUAUUGAAUUUCUAGAGAAAUGAAGAUGUGUAUGUGAGUUUUCUCUGUCUGCAUAACAACUUUGCAAUCUGUGUUUGUGAAUAACCUUGUUGUUUUGUUGUUGUUUUUUUAAAUACCUUUUGUCUCAGCGGACGAAAUCUCAGAGUCAGUGCCAGCUCGACCAAGCUAUGCUAACGCAAUGAAAUCUGGAAUGUUCUAAUUUUGAGUUUAGACUGAUCCAAAACCAGAGUGUUUUUUUUUUCUUCAGCAUUUUAGCAAAAACAAAACUAUAGGAACGGUACGGUCAGAUCUUCAAUUUUGUCUUCAAAACCUUGAUAAGUGACAACAUCGAGAUAUUAGAAUACCUCCCGAAAGAUUUACCGGAAACCAAGGUUUCCUGUAAACCAAGAAACCCAGAUUCUAUUGAUGUUAUCAAAACAGCAUCAUUUUCUUUGCACCAUUGAGGUAAUUCUGUGUUCUGGUUCCAAUGACAUCUAAGUGGAUUUGUGGACUUUAAUGCUGUUCAAGGCUGGUUGGAAAGUAAGCGUCCUGUGUUUAGACUUUGGUGAUAAGCUUUUACGUAUCUCUGGCUCAAAAUCUCACAACUGUACCAUUCCUCUCACUUUUCUUAACAAGAAAGCAAAUAGGCAUAAUACGUUGAAACGGAAACUACAGACUUCACUGGUUGAUUCCAUCCAGGUCUCGUUAUGUUACUGUCCAAAAAAAAAUAAAGAAACUGAAUCAUGUUUUUAUGAUACAGCCAUAUUUUCCGUCAGCUAUUCAUGUGUGGUGGCUGUUUUUUUACACCUGCUGUAUCUGACAAAGAAGCCUCUUCUGUUACCAUUAAAUCACAAAGUAUCAACCCAUUCCAAAUCAGCUGAUUGUUGUUAAUGAAGUUUGGUCAUUUGUCUUAAAUGAACCCGGUAAUAUAAAAAGUUUUCUUCUAGAAAGAGGAAGAAACACCCACGAAAUCUACAGUGAGGUCAAAACUAGGUCAAUUUCGAAGGUUGAGCUGAAAAAGAAACAUGCUUCAGUUUCGUUUUCUCACGUCCUGGAAAUUUCAAUCUGAACGACGAACCUCAGGCGACUGUCCUGUUUCAUGUUGUGUCUGAAUAUACAGCAGUUCUGCGUGGUUCUCUCCACACGCCUCUGUUUUUAUCGCCACACGGCGUCCCACAGCUUCUCACAGCGUCGCUGUGUCCGUCUCCGUUCUCCUUUGGAACUAUGUAAAGCAUUAAUGAGCAUUCACUUCCUCCACGUGUUUUUUAUAUGACAAGAGGGAUCAAAAUCCAUCGAGUUACCCAAAGUAUUGAUUUUUUUUUUUUUUUUUUUGUGUGUAUUCUCUUGUGGUAAAGAUAAACGCUUAAAGACUUUAUGACACAGACCGUGAGCAUUUGCAGGGUAUUGUAAUCCUUUCAUGGUGAGUUAUAUAUUGUUUAAUAUGUUUUUCUUUUUUUUUCUUCUUCUUCUUCUUGGAUGAACUAACUGAACACUUUUUGAAGCAAAGUUGGCAUAUUACCAUGUACACAUGUUACAGAAUAUAAAAAUGUGGUAUAACGACUGCAGUAUAUAAAAUACUGGUAUUCCAUGAUAGAUCUUUGUAUUAAUGUGACUCUCUUAAGAAAAUGUCUUCAAACAAUCA